AUAGAGAGAGAAGAACAAACCUGUGACUCUCAUAAUCAAAACACACACACCAAAAAAGAAAAAAAAAAAACAAGAACUUGAGAUGGAAAACGGAAGCUCCUCCGGCGACAACAAGUCUUCACCAAAACCGAUCCGAUGCAAAGCUGCGGUUUGUAGAAAGGCCGGAGAGCCGUUGGUGAUGGAAGAGAUAAUGGUUGCGCCGCCGCAGGCUUACGAAGUUCGGAUCCGAAUCAUCUGCACCGCGCUAUGUCACAGUGACGUCACUUUCUGGAAACUCCAAGUUCCUCCAGCCUGCUUUCCGAGGAUUCUAGGCCAUGAGGCAAUAGGAAUAGUGGAAAGUGUUGGUGAAAACGUAAAGGAAGUGGUCGAAGGAGACACUGUACUACCAACGUUCAUGUCUGACUGUGGUGAAUGUGUUGACUGCAAAUCUCACAAAAGCAACUUAUGCAGCAAAUUUCCCUUCAAAGUAUCGCCAUGGAUGCCAAGAUACGAAAAUUCGAGCAGAUUCACUGACCUCAAUGGCCAAACUCUCUUUCAUUUCUUGAACGUCUCUAGCUUUAGCGAAUACACUGUUCUUGAUGUUGCUAACGUUGUUAAGAUCGAUUCUUCGAUUCCUCCUAGUCGUGCUUGUCUUCUCAGCUGCGGAAUUUCCACUGGUGUUGGUGCUGCUUGGGAGACUGCCAAAGUUAAACAAGGAUCAACAGUUGUGAUUUUUGGACUUGGUUCUAUCGGACUAGCGGUUGCAGAGGGUGCAAGACUUUGUGGUGCCUCUAGAAUCAUUGGUGUGGAUAUAAACCCCGCCAAAUUCCAAGUUGGGAAAAAAUUUGGAGUUACCGAGUUUGUAAACUCUUUGACAUGUGAAAACAGGCGUGUUAGCGAGGUGAUCAACGAGAUGACUGGUGGGGGAGCGGACUAUUGCUUUGAGUGUGUUGGAAGUAGUUCUUUGGUUGAAGAAGCUUACGCUUUCUGUAGAAAGGGAUGGGGAAAGACGAUAACUCUAGGUGUGGACAAGCCGGGUUCACAGAUAUGCUUAAACUCGUCUGAUGUUCUUCACCAAGGGAAGAUUUUGAUGGGUUCGUUGUUUGGAGGUUUGAAGGCUAAAACACACAUUCCGCUUCUUCUGAAACGCUAUUUGAACAAUGAGCUUGAAUUGGAUAAGUUUGUGACACAUGAGAUAAAAUUCGAGGACAAGGGAACUUCACAUUGGGGCCACACCAACGUGACCAACCAAUACUCUUUUAUUAAUGAUAAUAAACGCCUUAGCUUGAAACAUUUAUCACCCACUCAGGGACCAAGGAGAACUACUUGUUGGACGGAGUCAAGCCUCUUCUUAAGAAGUUUCAAGGCGUCUUCCCGAGGGAACAAACAUGAGUAUUACCACUUAUCCAAGAGCUUAGGGUGGACAAAGAGGAGAUCAAAGCCAUUGAACGAUGGUCGACCCCUACCAGCAUCGCACCAGUCCGAAGCUUCCAUAAUCUAGUGAGUGUAUUUCGUUGGUUUGUGAAGACUUGUAGCACCAUAGCUGCACCUUUCACCACCAUUAUCCAGAAGGGUGUUGAGUUCGUCAAGAAGCUUCAUGCUAAGAUCAACGACAACGCCUACCACAUCAAAUUACCCGGUGAGUUCCAAACAUCUACUUCAUUCAACGUUAUUGACUUAGCCCCUUUUGAUGUAGGUGAUGGGCAAGUUUUGUGGACUAAACCUUUACAAGGGGGAGGGGAUGAUUUAACCCAGAUGACCGACCCUGAUCUGAGACUAAUGGAUUAGGCCAAACUCCAAGACUAGUACCAGGAGCCAAGACACGAAGCAACAACACAACCAGGACCCUCCGGAAUAAAUGUAAUCUGCUGGCCCCCAGGAUUGUCCAAGAGAAUGAGCUGCAUGAUCAAAGAAUUGUCCGAGAGCGUGAGCUUCAUGAUCAAGAACAAUGUCCAACACCAAUAGCGUCUGAAGCCACCCAGACGGUCUUCACCAUUACCCAAUGGUGAAGACACCAAAGUCAUUAGAAGGAGUCGUACUCUUUUUCCUACUUCGGAUUUUUUUCCAAUGCGUUUACCGAAGGGGUUUUAAUGAGGCAACAAGCUCUAAUACAUCACCACGUCCUUCCCAAUGAUGAGGCGAUGCUAUCCUUUUUUUUUCCUUUCUUUUGAGCUUUCUAGUGAUUGUUAGCUUUGCUUUAUCUAAAGGCCAUGUGUGUGCCUUAGCUUUGACCACAUGUUAGGGUUAUGUGUCUCCCUUUAUGUAAGCUAGCCUAUAUAAAAACAUAGAAUCCUCACAUGUAAUUGAGACUUUUUUGAAUAAACAAAAUUUUUUGUUCAUCU